CCGGGUGGGAUAUAAGACAUGUAGUUCUUGCUCUGCUCAAGAUGGCUUCACUUGAGCACCUCAUCACAGACCUGCCAUUCAUAUACUCCAACAAUUUGCGUUGUAGAGCACACCAUACCUACUAUCAGACACAUUGCCAUAAACCAAGCACGCCGUGCAAGCCGACCCCUAUUCUAACCAAAAAAAAAGCAACAAAAACCAUGUCCCUCGCAGGCAAAGUCAUCAUCGUCACCGGCGGCUCAAAGGGCAUCGGGCGGUCCAUCUCGCACCGCCUGGCCCAGGACGGCGCCUCGGUCGUCGUGAACUUCUCAAGGGACGCCUCGGCUGCGGAAGAGGUGGUGAAGGCCAUCGGGGGCCCGGACAGGGCGCUCGCGGUCCAGGCGGACGUCGGGUCCGUGGCCGGCGUCGAGAAGCUCGUCGCCGCGACGCUGGAGCGCUUCGGCCGCGUCGACGUCGUCAUCCCCAACGCGGGCAUCAUGCCCAUGCGGGCCACGGCCAACACGACCGAGGAGGACUUUGACAGGGCGUUCGCGCUGAACGUGAAGGGGCCUUAUUUCCUUGCACAGAAGGCAGCUGCGCACAUGUCGCCUGGCGGCCGCAUCAUCUUCGUCAGCACCGGCAUCGCCAAGGCUAGUACUGUUGCGCCGCCGUACCUGUUGUACGGCGCGACCAAGGGCGCGGUCGAGCAGAUGACGCGGAUCAUGGCCAAGGACCUGGCUGCCAAGGGUAUCAACGUCAAUGCUGUCGCGCCCGGGCCGACUGGGACUGAGCUCUUCUUUGAGGGGAAGAGCGAGGCUAUGAUUGAGGGCAUCAAGAAGGCUAGCCCCUUCGGCCGGCUCGGGAAGCCAGAUGAUAUUGCAAGUGUGGUUGCCUUCCUGAGCGGCAAGGACAGCGCGUGGGUUGCUGGACAGGUCAUCCAUGUGAACGGGGCAGCGUUUGUUUGAUGGGGGCGAUGUCGAUGAGAAGGUGCAGCACAAUUCAUCCGGAUAGAGUCUUAAAAUGAAAUAGAAAAUGGAAUAUAGACAGUCUACAGGUAAAUUCUAGUGGUAGUCUACGAAGUAAGAUCGCUGAAAUGCUUCAGUCAAUGCUCGCG